AUUAAUCACAACUUGCCCCAAAAUCUGUCCAUCUCCUGCAACUAUGGAAUCACCAGAGAAAGAUGAGUUAGGGUAUGAAGAGAGCCAUCCAACAUCAUCCACCACUAAAAUUAAAAACAGCAAGAAUCCAAGGAGAUUUACAGAUGAUCAGAUAAAGUCAUUAGAGUCCAUAUUCAAGCAAGAUACAAAGCUAGAGCCCAGGAAGAAGUUGCAGCUAGCAAAGGAGCUAGGGCUGCAGCCUAGACAGAUAGCCAUAUGGUUUCAGAACAGGAGGGCAAGAUGGAAAUCCAGGCAGAUAGAGCAAGAGUAUAAGGUACUAAGGGAGAAUUAUGACAGUUUGUAUAUGCAGUUUGAUGACUUGCAGAGGGAAAAACAGUCCUUGCAAAUGCAGUUGCAGGAGCUGAGUGAUGCAGUAAAGAAUCUUAACAGGGUUGAUCUAACCGACAGAGAUGCUGAAUUGAAAGAAUGUGUUAACAGUGCAAAAGAGAGGAUGGAUCGUUGCUACGAUGUCAUGAAUGCAGAUGCAGAUGAAGAUGAAAAAUUCACAAACUAUUUUAACAGGGCAGAAGAGAAAGAACCUUUGAGAUGGGGUGAAGAGGAGGAGAUCAGUCAGCUGGGAUCACCAGAAGCAUGGUGCAAUCUGUCCUCAUGUUGCCUGUUUGAUCAGUCAUCAGGAACUUCAAAAUCAAAUUGGUGGGACAGUUAGAUGUGUAGAGAGUAGAAAGAAAGUAUUAUGGAGAUACAUAUGUUAUGAUCACAUUCAGGUCUUGUGUGUGUGUGUGUGUAAUUGUUUUUGUUACUCAGAAAAACAGCUGAAUAUGAGGUUUGGAGGGGGGGGGGGUGCUGCUUCCUUUCUAGCUCCAGACACAAGAAGCAGCCUUGGAAGAAAUGAUUUCAAAUGCUGUCAGAGCAUAAACAGAGCUAUAUAGUCUCAUUUGAACUAAAACCAGCCAAAAAAGCAUCAGAUAAUCAAUUACGUAUGUAAAGGCAUGUAAAUAAGCAAGAGGGUUACAGAUAAAACAAGGCAUAUAUAUGUAGGAUCAUUUGGUGUGGUUCAAAUUUCAGCUUUUGCAUCUUAUGGUACAGAUGAACAAAGGAUAUAGGCAGUUGUGUGUUGUGUUAGGUUUCAUUGACAACAAAUUAUUAAUUC